GGCGGUUGCGUUUGCCCUGCCGUUGAAUGAACAACCAUCGUCAUCCCCAAGCGACUCGCCACAGGUGCCUUCGCCAGCCAGCCAGCCAGCCAGCCAGCCAACCUGCCAAGCAAACCUGCCUGAAGGCCUUUGGAAAGGUUCCGCGAUCAGUACUACGCGGCUGCACAACGGAUACGGACGGGAAUUCAGCCACUCAGUCGACCGUCGAUCGUCAUCUCUAUCUGUAGAUUGGCUUGGCUCCCUCGCGCCUCUCGCUCUAGACCUUUUACAAACGUCGCAGAACCAUGGUGAAGUCAACAGUUUCGAGUCAAAUUGUGUUGGCCCUUGCUGCCGUGUUGCUAGGCAGUGGAACCUGCAGCAACGCAGCAUCCCGGCGUGAUGUGGCCCAUCUGCGAUCGCGCCAAGCGCCCGCACAGAGACAGGUGCUACUGGUACAGGAGGACGAGUACGAGGUGACAACGCUCCCACCGCCACCGAAACCAUACGCCUUCACCUACUCGGCCGGACGUGCUCCGGGACACGUCGAUCGUACGCACAGCGAAGUGUCCGAUGGUAAUGGUGUCGUGCGAGGUUCCUUCUCCUACGUUGAUCCACGGAAUCAGGUGCGCACCGUUGAGUAUACGGCCGAUAAGAACGGUUUCUAUCCGGUGCUGAGUCAUCUGCCCCAGACACCACAGCAGACCGAAGCGGUGGCACGUGCCGAGCAGAAACACUACGCCCUGUACGCCAAGAUCGCCGAAGAGCAUGCCAAUGCCCACGUUGGAGUGGUGGAACCAAUUCUGCCCAAGGAUACGGUAGCCGUGGCCAAGGCAAAGGAUCGCCACUUUUCGCUGUACGAGAAGAUUGCCAACGAGCAUGCGCGCAUCGGUGCGGAACAGGAGGCCCAGCGGUUGGCCUUUGAGGCUAGCUCGGUGAAAUAUGAGGAGCACUAGCGAGUGGACGGGCACUCAAGCACCGGUGGCAAGUGAGGCUGUGUCUUAGAAACGGGAACUUGACUCGAGAUUGACAUUAAACAAUGGACAGUAAAGACAAACACAAUAAACAUGAUAUCUGCACCGAAUCGAGA